AUGGGUCAAACGCAGGCAGGCACGCAGGUGCGGGCAAGUAUUGAAGGCGCAGAAAUUCUCCAUAGAGAUUUCCUACGAAAUUGGAGUAAGAAUCUGAGAGUUGUGUACACAGGAGACGGGCAAACGGCCGGGACACGCUUGUUUGAUGACUUCUACACUGACCUGAGGAUUACUGGCGCAUCACCAGAGGGAAUGCCCCUUGGAAAUGAUGGGGAAACCAAUGAAGAUGUGGAUCCACAUCAACUACUGAAACGCAACAACGCUGAGACAGAGGAGACCUCCACCAUCUUGGUGCGGGGAACAGCCGGGAGUGGAAAAAGCACCCUGAUACAGAAGAUAAUCCAUGAUUGGGCCACCAAGAAUAAAUAUAAGGAGUUCAAAUAUAUAUUUUAUUUUAAGCUUCAAAUGUUAACAGCCAUCAAAUGUGUGACAAACUUAAACACCCUGGUCCUUGAAUCUUAUCCAUAUCUGGAAAAUCAUCUGGAAUAUCUUUGGAAGGACCCUAAAGCCAUAUUGUUCAUCUUUGAUGACUUAGAUCAAUAUGAACAAGGCAGUAUCUUCUCAGAUGACAAGGGAAAUGGGCAAUGUAUCGAUCCUCAUUCCUUCGAAUUUGUGCCUGACAUCCUGACCUGCCUCAUUCAGGGUAGGUUGGUCAAAGGGUGCCACAUAUUGGUCACCACACGUCCAUGGGGACUUGGGGCACUGCAGGAGACACCUGCAAAGCCAACCUUCUAUCUCACAGGAUUUACUCAGGAAAAAGUCAAGGAGUAUUUCUACCGUCACUUUGGAGAUAAGGCGAAGGCAGAACAGUUGGUGCAACUACUUGAAGCAAAUGAUACAUUGGGUACAUUGUCUGUCAACCCUCUGUUCUGUUCCGUUCUCGCCUCAUUGCCCGAGUGGUCACAAGUUGGAGAAUUUCCAAUAUUGGCCAUGGCCAACACCCCGGUGUUCUCCGCCUACAUCACAAGUCUUCUUCUCACCUGCGGAUACGAUGCCCAAAAGUCUCGGCAAGGUUUGAUGAACUUGGGCGAAGAGGCUUACAAGAAAAUCACCAAUAAAAAAUUUGUAUUUGAAGCCCUCGAAGUGAAUCAGUAUCUUCCCAAUUUCUCAUCUGCGUUCAUGAUGGAGGUGCCAGGCAAACAUGAUCGUGGGGUUGUCUACAAAUUCAGGUACCCCAUUUUCCAGAACUUUGUUGCUGCCCUUGUUAAAAGCCGAAACACCCCAGGAAUUUCCCUAAAAAUGUUGUUAAAUGAAGGUUACACGGCGACAGAUGAUAGAUUCAACAUCUUCUCCAGGUUUCUGGUGGGUCUCUCCUCACGGAGGUCAAUCAAUUGGCUGGAGAGAAUAUUGGGCUCGAUUUCACCCGACGCCUCAUCUUCCAUCGCCGACUGGAUCAAAGAAUGUGUGAAAAAGCUCCAUUCCAACUUGGCCGGAAAGUUGGCCCAGGGCCAGUUCUUGAAUAUACUGCACUGCUUGUUUGAAUUCGGAGACCCUCAGUUGACCACCGAGGCAUUGGAACCCGUGAGGACCAUAAAAUUCAAUCAAUGUUCCCUCAACACGUUCGACUGUGUGGUUUUAUCGAGGACAUUGAUCUGCUGUGGACCCAUUGAGGAACUGGAUCUCAGCUCAUGCGGCGUAAAACGGGAGGGAAUACGAUAUCUACAACCCGUGUUGUACAAGUGUAAAGUGCUCAGGCUAAAAUCCAACCAACUUACAGACGACUGCAUAGAAAGUCUAAUCUCCGUCGUUCAAACCAACCGUUCACUGAUGUUGUUGGAUCUGAGUAACUGCGAUCAGGACAAGCACAAAAGGAAUGAAUCCAUGGCCGAAAUACUGAAGGCUCGUGUACAGAAUUGCGGGCUGCAACGAGAAAUCAGAUGGCUACAGCAUGCAGAUACUGAAGAGAAAGAUCCAAAUCUGGACAAGGCAUCGAAUAUCUUAUGGAUCAUCACAUAA